GCAUUGCAGAACCAUUAGGUAAUAUGCAGACCGGACCCUAAAGCCAGGCAGAGAAUCAUGUGCUUUGGCAACAACUUGUGAGGAGGUAAAGUAUUUUGUUAUUGUUGUUUGAUAGUUCCCAAGGAGAAAGCACAGAAGCAACAGAUGUAAACUACUUUUCUCUCUCUCUCGCUCUCUCUGUCUCUCUUUUUUAGGGAAAUAUUUCCAAUUACAGUCUGGUGAUGGAGUCUGACUCAGGAACCUUCUUACCCACUGGGUUGGAGUUCACGGGCAGUGAAAAUGCCCGGGACAUCAUGGAGCAGGUCAUGAGCCUGUUGCAGCCUCUCAAUAUCACCCAGGUGUUUAGUGAUGCAGAAGGGACAGACAUCAAUUUCUGGAUCCAAGCUGGAGUGCCUGGUGCCAGUCUACGUGAAGACUUACAAAAGUAUUUCUCCUUCCAUCACACCCAUGGAGACACCGUGACUGUCAUGGAUCCAAAGCAGAUGAAUAUCGUUUCUGCCAUUUGGGCUGUUGUCUCAUAUGUCGUUGCAGACAUGGAGGAAAUGCUGCCCAGGUCCUAAUGAGAGCAAGAAAGGAGGCACUUUCACCCUUGCCAGCCAGGAAUCCUGGGUCUGCAACUUCAAGAAACUGCUCUUCACAUAAAAGCUAAAUAUCAUUGAUCUUCAAAGCACAUCUUUUUUUGUACUUUCUGUUAUCCUCUUUCUUCAUAUUUUCCAAGUUAUUGUUUCUAGAGUAAGGAAUGACUCCUGCUACCCACAGAAUCCACAUUUGAAAGGGAUAUUUGUGAGGGCAUUUCU